AUGUCGCGACACUACUCAAGAGCGGAGAAAGGAAAGUGGGUUGCAGAAGCCCCUAGAUCUGGACGCCGCGUCCCAGUUCAGAUCCCUCCCAGCAACAACUCCCGCCUUAUCGCUGAUAACCAUCUUACUCUCAUCGGUAGAGUCACAAACCCAGCUGUCCAAAAAACACAAUGGGUGGUGGAUUGGCUCAUCCAAUACUGGAACCUGGACUCCCCAGUUGAAGGCAGUGACCUAGGUCCUGAACUCUUCCAGUUUCGGUUCCAGACAGAAGCUUCACUCCAAACAGUUCUCCGGAAAGGUCCCUACCACUACAAACGCUGGAUGGUAAUGCUUCAACGCUGGGAACCCAUAGUCUCUCCAACUUUCCCGAACAGAAUCGACUUCUGGAUCAAAAUCCAUGGUAUUCCACUCCACUAUUGGAAUGAAGAAACCAUAGACGCUAUCGGCAAAGAACUUGGCCCCAUUCUGGGGAAAGAUAUCACGCUCGGCCGUAUCAGAGCACAAAUCAAUGGGCUUCAACCCCUCGAGAUGAAAAUCUCAAUCUGUCUUCCAACAAGAGAGGAGACAACUGUGGAUCUGGAGUAUGAGAAGCUUGAGAAGCACUGUUUCCACUGCUUCUCACUUAGCCACGAGAGCGAAACCUGCCCUAUCCUAGGGAACAAGGGAGUGGUUCAAAAUAUUCCACUGGGCAUAAGUCAGCAGAAUACGCUUAGACGUAUCGAGGAUUCCAGAAGAUACCAAGAGACCCGACGCACUCUCACCCACAAGGGAGGAAACACAAGCUCUCACAACCGCGGAAACUCAGUCAGAAGCUUCAGACCCCCUCUGUCCCAAUAUACUCCAAUCCCUAGAGAGAAUCUCUCCUCUCAGGGAAGAUCCCACCGGAGCUCAAACAAAGAGCCGCCCCGAGUGCCAUACACCAGCUUUAGUAGAGGCUCCUCGCGAACUUACUCGGAAAGAAGAGUCCCUACACAAGGAAUGUCCACUUCCAGACACUCAUCUCUCCGAAGAGACGAGAGAGACCGCUCCCCGGGAAGGCAUGAUGGUAUGGAGGCAGUCUCGAGGCACAGAGUAUCGUCUUCUCAAUCCCACCAGUCUCGAUAUUCCCACACCCCUUCACCUAACCCGAGGAGGGAUCCCAUACCUACACUAAUCCCGGAUGGAGAAGCAACCCACACUAACUCCAGGGAACGAAGAUCAGCCCUGGAGAGAAUAGAAAAUCCCAUGCAUGAGGAAACUAAUAGACCUACUGGUUUAUCCAGCUCACUCUUGGCUAGAUUACAGGACGUAGAAGUCCACUACGAAGAAGCAGUAAACCAAUCCACCAGGAUUGGAGAACUCUCAGGAGGCAGACUAGAAGAACAAUCAGGAGGCAGGGGCUCUGCCUCAUCACUUCAAAACUCAGCUCACUCGGACCUCCGAGUCCACACAUCUUUACGCCUGGGGCCAUCACCUGAAGGACAAAAGAAAAGGAAAGCUGCCUCAAAACCGGGUAAAAAACCAACAGCUGCUAAAGCACAAGCGGUAAAGAAAACAAUGAUGACUACAAGAGCCUCUACAUCCAAAACACCAGGAAAAAAGAAAGCUAAGGCGACGCCAAAAGGAAAAAUCUACCGAAGCCAUCUUCAGUGA